AUAGCGCUGUCGAAAACAUGGUGAACGUUCCUAAAACCCGCCGGACUUUUUGUAAGAAGUGUGGCAAGCACCAACCCCACAAAGUGACACAGUACAAGAAGGGCAAGGAUUCUCUGUAUACCCAGGGAAAGCGGCGUUAUGACAGAAAGAAGAGUGGCUAUGGUGGGCGGACUAAGCCGAUUUUCCGGAAAAAGGCUAAAACUACAAAGAAGAUUGUGCUGAGGCUUGAAUGUGUUGAACCUAACUGCAGAUUUAAGAAAAUGCUGGCUAUUAAGAGAUGCAAGCAUUUUGAGCUGGGAGGAGAUAAGAAGAGAAAGGGCCAAGUGAUCCAGUUCUGAGCUUCAUAUUUUGUUUUGUUAUGAAGGCAAUAAACAUUUGAGAUUGUU